AUGGCGAACCCCGUCCGAAGUGGUGAUGUGUGGGUUGCCGGACGGGCGGCCGAACAGGAUUUGGUGCGACUAUGCGAUCUUUCACCGAGUGAGCCAAACGUGGUAUUACUGCUAGGAAGGGUAUAUCGCCUGCAGGGAAAAACGACUCUUGCGAACCAGGUGCUUGCGGUCGCGCGGGAUCUCGAUCCACGGAAUGCCCCCAAGAUAGCGAAAUUAGUGGAGGAGACGAUGAGCUCGCGGAGCCGGGCUACUGGUGCUGGAGGACGAUCUCUGAUAGUCAGAGCCCCAAAGCAUGAGCGUCUAAAGUGCAUCUAUAAAUCCACCAUAGUCUUUGUCUGCAUCAAAGAGUGCAACUACAUCUUGCAGAUAAUGGUCCGGAAAGACCCAACUGCCGCAACCUCCCAACUCUUCGAACCGUUCGUGGUCCCCCGCCUCAACCUCCCCGGGCCUCAGUCCGCCAAAGCCACCCUUCGAGAGGCAGCAGUUGCAUAUCAACGACCAUCAAAGCUAACAACUUUAUAUAAUUUUAUCAGCAAUUUCCCAGGGUUUCAAGCCCACCCCUCCUCGUCGUUCAACACGUCAUACAGUCCCGAAAGCCGAUUUCUAGAUAGCCCCUCCCAGUGCAUAUCCACCGCCAUGUUCCAUUCACUCGAUACUACGACAUGGCUUUCUGCCGUCUCGCGACGAAAGUUGCAGUCGGUGGGCUCCCCCGAUCGUGAGCGUCCCAGAGACGCGGACAAAUUACUUCGCAAAGUGCUCUUGCGGAAUUCGCUCUCGCGGGUAGACCUUGCCCUUGCUGAAGCUCAGUCGCUCCCAGCGUUGUCGCCACCUUCCUCCCCGACCCUACCGUCUCCACAGCAGCGGCCGUGUUUGUCGCAGUCCGACCCUGAGCCUUCGGCGACCUCGUCCAAGGCUGACGAAGACGACUUUGUUUUCCCUGACGCCACAUCUAUAACAUCAUCACGUGCUUAUAGCCAGGCAGAUGCUGACGCAGAAGCCAAAUGGCUCGAUUCUCUCUUGGAUGACCUAAGCGACGACGACGAGUAUGAGAACGAGGCCGAACAAGGUCCCGCCAACUCGAGUCAGACGUUUGAGGAUGAGGACGAUGAAGAACUCUAUCUCGAUCCGGAAUCUCUCCCGUGGCUCCACUCCACAGAUGCAGAAGAGCCUAUUAGUGCUCCUCCACCGAUCCCCGCCAACGAUUCCACUGUAUUGGACCAUUUGGAACCUUUUUAUCAUCCGUUACCUGAAGACGACGACGAUCUCUCCACUGUACCCACAAUGGAUGAUGAUGUCGAAGGUGAAUCUGAAGCAGACUCGGUCGAGUGGCUGGCUACUCCUGGUCAUCGCUCGUUGACAUCUAUGCUUGGACAUUCGUCAAACCUCCAUCACCUCGUCGCCUCAGGCACCCAGCAUGAAGAUAGUCCCUUAUCGCCUAUCACACCCAGCUCCCAGCGAGCGGCCGUUAUCGUCCUCAACAACAACGGCAAUGGGCCCAGCAUGUUGACCAGACUGUUAUUGAAGAUAGCAACUCAGCAAGAAAACCCCGGUAGGACAUCUCUUUCGGCCUCUCUAUCUCUAGACUCGACCGGCAAUCAGCACUUCCGAAUAUCACCCCCAAUCCUGAUCCAUGGUCUCCAUUUUACAUCAACUCAACUCAGCGAGUUCAUGCCUUUCCGAUUCCUUGGUUUGAAUUUCUCGAUCCCAACGUCUCCUCCACCCUAUGGCAUGCAUCCCAAUUUGAACAGCCCCUGCUGGGCCUGUCAUAUACACCCAACCCUUUCCUCACCUAUCGUACCUUAUCCCCCGUCUCGAUAUCUUUUGUCUCGCGCGAAACCCACCCCCCCUUCGAAAAUUCCUGGCCCCUUACACCCCAGCAAAAUCUCUAUUG